AAUGAAUUCUGAAGCGUAGAUAUGUAUUGUAGGGUUCUUUCCAAUGCCACCAUAGGCACCGUUGAACGGCUCUGCGUGUGUCCUGUAACUUUUUGAUAAUUCGGAGCUCCGCGCUUAACUAUUUAUUUAGCGGCAAAACGCUAACGGGAAACUACCUGGCCUCAACUCUCAAGCACAAGGCAAGGCCGCAACUCCUGAAUUUCCCCAUCCUGUCCAACAACCUGGACAAGACGUUUUGCUUCACUUUUCUUUCUAUGGGAUGUAGGACACUCCCACCUUUUUUCAUACUCUCGUUAAUUAAUUAAUUAUUUCUGUGGUGAAUGCUCCUCUCCUCGCGCGCGCAUCCUGUUCCUCUAUCCUCAUCCUCUCCAUGAUCCCAGCCUCGCGUUUUAAUACUCAUUCCUUUUUUUCCCUCAUUGUUUUACUAUAAGUUCCCUGAAAGAAAAGCGAUCAUCAUAUAGCUAUUAAUCUCUUUUCUCAUCUUUUCCUUCCGAAACAUGGCCUCCAAGUCUGCCAAAGGCGGGCUGGAGGUGAAACCCCACACCCGCAAUGGCCGCUCCCCAUCCCGGUCCCCCGGCCCCAAGAACCGGAAAAAGGCAGUGGCAUCGAAGAAGCUUGACUACAGUUCUGAAGGGGUUUCCGAUUAUGAUAUACUUCAGUUGCCAGUUUCGGAUUACAAAAUCAUGUUAAUGUUAACGGCUAUUGCCGUCGUAGUCCGUCUGUUCAGGAUCUACCAGCCAACAAGUGUGGUAUUCGAUGAAGUGCACUUCGGCGGAUUUGCAACCAAAUAUAUCAAGGGGAAGUUCUUCAUGGACGUACAUCCCCCGCUUGCGAAAAUGCUAAUUGCCCUUGUCGGAUACUUGGCUGGGUUUCGCGGAGACUUCGACUUCAAGGAGAUUGGAAAAGACUACUUGGAGCCACGCGUUCCCUAUGUAGCUAUGCGCAUGCUGCCAGCAAUACUGGGUAUUAUGUCUAUCCCAACUAUGUUUCUUACGUUAAAGGCAUAUGGGUGCCGAACAUCUACAGCUUCAAUGGGUGCUCUCCUUGUUACGUUUGAAAACGGCCUAGUCACCCAGUCACGGUUUAUCCUCCUCGACUCACCUUUAGUCAUAUUUACCGCUCUGACCGUCCUAGCCUUUACAAACUUUACCAAUCAACAUGAACAAGGGCCUUCAAGAGCAUUUGGAGCCUCGUGGUGGUUUUGGCUUACACUUACAGGCAUCUUUUUGGGCGCUACUGUCAGUGUGAAGUGGGUGGGGCUUUUUACUAUCGCGUGGGUUGGAAGUUUGACCAUCGUUCAACUCUGGGUUCUCCUUGGCGACACUAGAACAGUGACGAUUCGCGUAUGGUUUAAGCACUUUUUUGCUCGGGCAUUUUGCCUCAUUGUCAUUCCCGUCGGGUUCUACAUGUCCAUGUUUGCGAUUCACUUUUUGUGUUUGGCCAACCCAGGCGAUGGAGAUGGCUUUAUGUCGUCUGAAUUCCAAGCGACCCUCAACUCUAAAGCAAUGCAGGAUGUACCAGCCGAUGUAGCGUUUGGUUCAAGGGUCUCUAUCCGCCACUACAAUACUCAGGGAGGGUACUUGCAUUCGCACAGUUCUAUGUACCCUGGAGGUAGCAAGCAGCAACAAAUCACCCUGUAUCCUCACAAGGACGAAAACAACAUCUGGGUUGUGGAGAACCAGACUCAGCCGUUGGGUGAAUACGGAGAAGUCGAGGGACCAAGCGCAUGGGAUAACUUGACUGCCGGUCACGUUAUAGAUGGGUCGGUUAUCAAGCUCUAUCACACCAGCACCCACCGAAGACUUCACUCUCAUGAUAUACGCCCACCCGUAACAGAAGCGGACUGGCAAAAUGAGGUAUCUGCUUAUGGCUAUGAGGGGUUCCCCGGUGAUGCAAACGACCUUUUCCGUGUUGAAAUUGUCAAAUCGAUGUCCGAUGGCCCGGAAGCGAAGAAGCGGAUCCGCACAAUCCAGACCAAAUUCAAACUCAUCCACUUGAUGACCGGGUGCGCUCUAUUUUCACACAAGGUGAAACUUCCAGAGUGGGGAUUCGAGCAGCAGGAAGUUACAUGCGCCAAAGGUGGCACCCUACCCAAUAGCAUCUGGUAUGUCGAACAAAAUGACCAUCCAAUGCUCGGACCGGAUGCCGAGAAGGUCAAUUACAGGAAUCCUGGGUUCCUGGGCAAGUUCUGGGAACUUCAUAAAGUUAUGUGGAGAACGAACGCUGGCCUAGUCGAAUCACAUGCUUGGGAUUCCAGACCUCCUUCGUGGCCAACCCUUUUGCGCGGUAUUAAUUUCUGGAGUAGAGACCACCGCCAGAUUUACCUAUUGGGAAAUCCCCUUGUUUGGUGGUCCUCAACUGCUGCUAUCAUUACCUACGUCAUUUUCAAGGCGAUUGCCACACUGCGCUGGCAACGCAGCUACCAAGACUACAAAAGCAUCGUCUUCAAGCGAUUCGAUUAUGAGAUUGGCCAGACUGUUCUAGGGUGGGCCUUCCACUACUUCCCUUUCUAUCUUAUGGCCCGCCAGCUCUUCCUCCAUCACUACUUCCCAUCUCUCUACUUCGCCAUCCUUGCAUUCUGUCAGGUCGUGGACUAUGGUGUCAAUAGAGUCAGUCUUUCUGGAGCGGUGAAAAGCAAACGUGUAUUUGGCAAGAUAUUCAUGGUGGCCUUCGUUGUUCUGUCGAUUGUGACUUUCACUAUGAUCUCGCCAUUAGCCUACGGCAACCCCUGGACUAAAGCUGCCUGCCAAAAAGUCAAGCUCCUCAAGUCGUGGGACUUUGAUUGCAACCUCUUCCAUAAUGAUUUGGCUCAAUACGAAACACCGAUGAAGUUUGUCAAUGGGACUGCACAGCUCCUACACGCAACUCCAACUCCGGUGCCGCAACAGCCACAGCAACAGCAGCAGCAACAACAACAAAAGGUAGCUAAACUAGCGGAAGAAGGAGGUAAGGCUGCUGUGGUAACCCCCGGACAAAAGCUGGUGUCUACCCAACUGGAGUCCGUGGUCUAUCGUGACCAGGAUGGGAAUAUCUUGAAUGAUGAGGAAGUAGCAGCGUUGGGGAGAGAUGGUAACGUUUCAUUUGAAACUAGAUAUGAAACCAAGACUCGAAUAAUCGAUGGUCAUGGUCGCGAGGUUGGUGGCGAACAACCAGCCCCUCACCAUCCCGAUGCAGAGGGACAGAAUCCCGAAACAGCUGGCAAAGGCGGCGGCGCCGGUGAUGCGCCAGUUGACAAACCUGCAUCCGUCCUUGGUGAUGAGAAAUCCGUAGAACGGGACGAAAGUAAACCGAAGCCAGCGAGUGAAGGCAAUGAGGCCACGAGGAAGAAUGAAGAAAAUUGACGAGUAUAAUUUUUGUUGUUACUUUCCAUUUCUCAUCCCACUCCCUAUCCUGCGCCACCCCCCCUUUCUUCUUUCCCCGUUUUCUUUUCGUCGUCCUUUUGUCAUAAUUUCUUUCGGCUAAAUGGGAAUAUUAUAUCAUGUGUCAUUUUAAAUACGUGUAGCAGGUUCUUUUGUUUGAGGAUAUUCAGAGGAAGAAAUGUUUCAAAUACUUUUCUCUUAAUUGUCUCUUUUCAUUUCCUUGUUUUUUCGCUUUUUUUGUUUUUUAAUGAAUUUGAGGAUUGACCUUUCGCAAUAUUUGAGUUUAAAAAAUGUGAGCCACGACACCUAUGACGUAGAAUACAGGAUAAUGUGGAGUGAGAGAAAUAUACAAGAAAGCAAACCUCGGGGAGAUUUGGAGUUAUGUCCGGAAAAUGUCAGAAUAAUUAUUUACAAGGGCCACUCUUUUCUCGAAUUCUUUUGUUAUAAAGAAACUUAUGAUCAAAAAUGCCCACAGCUGCUUCUCUUUCUCAACUAUGAAAUACAAAUUCUCUUGCUGUGCAGCAAGUCGCUAGUUCAGUGUGGUACUUCUGUUUUUGUAUAAUCUCAAUAGUCGUCCUUGCCGUACUUGUUGAACCGGUCGUGUAGAUCCUGCAAUAGGUAGUUAACAGUUAGCAAGAAUUCCGACAACAUCGACCCAAUUCCUAUACAACAAUUGGGAAAGAUGGAGGCACAAGGCAAGAGAUCGUACCUUAGGCAAAGUAACGUUGGGGAUGACAACCUCAUUCAGAGCGCUGGGGGCUUUCUUGAGAGGCUUCGAUGUGUC